GGUAUAAAAAGGUCAAAGCAGCACUCACGGAAGUAGAGUCUUUGCUGAAGAGUCUCCCGGAACUCUUCUACGGGCAAACUGACCUUUCAGUGACAGGGACGGCUUCUAAAAAUGGCCGUGUAGCAGUUGUUAGGAGCAGCGUUAGUACCUUAGCUUAGCCUGAAUCCUGAAGUGGAUGAGUUGAGAGCAGGUUCGAAUAUCCAGUGAAGCUCAGGUGACAACAUGGAGAGCCUGAGCUCCGUCCUCGGGUGCUGUGCUGGCGUCGCGGUGUGUGCCCUCCUGUUGGCAGCCUACAAACUGGGUUUAGUCUACCAGCUGUUCCACAAGACUGAAACACAGAGUCCACGACAUGGAGGCGAGAGCGUGGCAGAGGUGCUCCGCAGCCACGGGAUCAAGUUUGUUUUCACUCUUGUGGGUGGACACAUCUCUCCUAUCCUGGUGGCUUGCGAGAAGCUCGGCAUCCGCAUCGUGGACACCAGGCACGAAGCCACCGCUGUCUUUGCUGCCGAUGCCGUGGCAAGACUGUCAGGCACUGUUGGUGUAGCUGCUGUCACUGCUGGCCCAGGUCUCACUAACACAGUGACGGCGGUGAAGAAUGCUCAGAUGGCUGAAUCCCCAUUGCUUCUCAUAGGCGGAGCUGCUGGUACACUUCUUCAGGGCCGAGGAGCGCUGCAAGAUAUUGACCAGAUGUCUCUGUUCAAGCCGCUGUGUAAGUUCUGUGCAUCCAUCAGGACGAUCCGAGAGAUCGUACCUACGAUGAGGAAGGCCCUGGCCAUCGCCCAGUCUGGAACUCCUGGUCCUGUUUUCAUAGAGUUCCCCAUCGACACGCUGUACCCCUACCACCUGGUAUCCAAAGAGUUUGGGGUUAAGAACCCUCCCAAGGGCUUGAUGGGAAAAAUUGUCUCAUGGUACCUCAAUAACCACCUGAUAAACCUGUUUGCUGGAGCCUGGGAGACUAGAGAUGCGUCUCCACUUCCUGUUGACAUCCCACAUGCCACAGAGGAUCAGGUUCAAAGGUGCAUAGAGCUAGUGAGUCGAGCCAAGAAACCUGUUAUUCUGCUCGGUAGCCAAGCAACACUACCCCCAACGCCGGCUGAUGACAUUAGGAAGGCAUUGGAGGACCUGGGCAUCCCAUGCUUCCUUGGGGGCAUGUCUCGUGGCAUGCUGGGUAAAAACAGUCCCAUCCACAUUCGUCAGAACAGGAGAGAUGCUCUGAAGGACGCUGACUUGGUGCUUUUAGCAGGCACCGUGUGUGACUUCCGCCUGAGCUACGGCAGAGUUCUCAACAGACGGAGCAAGAUCAUCGCCGUCAACAGAGAUAAAUCACAGCUGCUGAAAAACUCUGAUAUGUUCUGGAAACCAACUAUAGCAAUUCAGGGUGACGCUGGUUCAUUCUUAGUGCAGCUUUCUAAAGGGCUGAAGGGUCACCGCUGUCCAGAAGAAUGGCCUCAGAGCCUCAAAACAGGAGAUUUGACCAAAGAAAAUACAAAUCGAGCUAAAGCUGAUGAGAAGACAGACCGCCACUUGAAUCCACUGAAAGUCCUGCACUGUGUGGAUGAGCUGAUGUCAGAGGACAGCAUCAUUGUUGCCGAUGGGGGAGAUUUUGUUGGAAGUGCUGCUUACAUUAUGAGACCAAGAGGGCCUAUGCGCUGGCUAGAUCCAGGAGCCUUUGGAACGCUGGGAGUUGGAGGAGGAUUUGCACUGGGAGCUAAACUGUGCCGGCCGGACUCUGAGGUGUGGAUAGUGUAUGGUGACGGCUCCUUAGGAUACAGUGUUGCAGAGUUUGACACGUUUACGAGACACAAGACUCCAGUUAUUGCUGUGGUGGGAAAUGACGCGUGUUGGAGUCAGAUCUCUAGAGAGCAGGUUCCCAUCCUCGGCAGCAACGUUGCAUGUGGCCUUGCAUUUACAGAUUAUCACACAGUGGCAGACGGUUAUGGCGGUAAGGGCUACCUUGUAGGGCGUGAGGAUGAGGACAGGCUGAGCGACAUCAUCAGACGGGUUCAGAAGGAGACCGCGGAGGGCAGGGCCACACUUCUCAAUGUUCUGAUCGGGAAGACCAACUUUAGAGAGGGCUCGAUCUCUGUUUAGAGCUGCACCGCUAGGGCUGAGUUGUACUGUCAGGCUCUGUGACGGAUUUUCAGCAAAAGGGAAGGUAUUGUUUAGCCAAGCCCUGACCAGACCUCUGCUAUUCCUGUGUGCCCUUAAAGCCAUAUUCCACACAUAUUUCCACAGUAUGCUGCUCUCUCAUAACAGCUCAGUUAGUAACACAUGAAUAUUAUUAUCAUGUUACUCUCCAUAACCACUUGAUUUAUGACUAUAUAUUUGCUGCAGAUAUUAACUGCCAAGUUCUACAUAGCCUCAGAUCAAAUGGAAAAUGUCAUAUUUCGUUGUGUGAGCUACUUUCAGGGCUAUGUUGUGCUCUUUGAAGACAACCGAUGUAUUUCAAGAAGGGAAAGAGAAAAGUAAGAACAACUUGUUUUUACCUGCUCAGGAGCUCUGGGGGUGGGUUGGGGGCGUCAGAUUAUUUUUGCUCUUCAACCAGCCUGUUAUCACUUGGAAAGCAAAACAAAUAAUUCAGUCACAUAUAAUAAACCAGCAGAUAAUCCGGUGACAGAAAAUCUUUCUGCUCGAGAGAGACCAUCGUCUUAAGUCAUCAAAUAUGAAGAAUAUGCCUUUUCCUGUUUGUUUUUUUACAAGGGUCUGUGGAAUCUUUCAGCUGUGAUAUUUUUUUGUGGGUUUGGAUGAAAAUGUGUUUAAUGGGAAAUAUUUUUUGAAUAUUGAAGACUGACAAAUGGUAUGCCUUUAAAUGUCUGAUUGUAUCUCUGAAUACAUUGAUAUGUAUCGAUUGAAAAUAUGUUGGUGUUUGAAAUUAGUGGUGGACCGAUGUGUUUUUUUUAAUGGCCAGUGCUGAGGCUAAUAUUUAGAGAGAGUGGUUGAUUGACGAUAUACAAUGUUUUUAUUUUUUGCAUCUGAUAAAAAAUAAUUAUUUAAGACCUCUGGUACAAAAUUGUUGAACUUAAAUAAUCAUUUAUUUAUCACAAAUAUAUUAUUCAAAAAACAUCUGCAUUAUCUAUUUGUUUUAGCAGAUAUGCACUCUACUUCUAAAUUUCAAAAGACUUCAUAGAUAAAAGAAAGUGUAACAAAGUGUUUGCAGACACUUAUUGACCUUUGCUAGUCCAGGCACCAACACGUGUUUAUCUAAUAUGAUAUUGCCCUGAUCAAUCGGCCGACCAAUCAAUCCGUAUGUCACUAAUUCAAAUUAUAUUUAAUACUAACUUGUAUGCAGUGAUGCUUGUUAAAAUGAUGCCUAUACAUAAUAUGUAUUGCACUAUAAUUAUAACUUAUUUACACAGCAGGUGAACAUGUAUGUGUUCUGUGUUAUUUGGUGCUUUGAGGGUUUGUCAACAGUUUGAUCAUGAAAUCUUCAUUUUGAUUAAUUGUCAAAUAAAUUGAGAAGAAAGUGGUAAUCACUGAGCAUUCAAA